GGCCAGGGCUGUGGCCACCCGCGCUCCGGCCGCCGCCUCGUAGUGGCCGCGCGGGGGAGAUGUCCGGCGGCCGCAGGAGGGGCAGCGCCCCCUGGCACAGCCUCUCUCGGUUCUUCGCUCCGCGGAACCCUUCCCGGGACAAGGAAGAGGAAGAGGAGGAGAAGCCGGGGACCGGCCAGCCGGCCGGCGCGAGCCGGAGUGUCGCCAGUGUUGAAAAUGAGCCCAUGAGCACAAGUAAGAAAAAGGAAAAUGAGCUUUCAUCAGAAGCAGUAAAGACUCUCCUAGGUGAGGACAUAAGGAACCAUGCUGAGCAGCCAGCCAUCCUUCCAGUGGUGGAGGAUCUCCCAAAGCCCACUGACCUUCCUAAUCCCAUGUCAGAUGCCAAAACAGGAGAUGGCAGCGACCGACAGCCGAAAGAAAGCUUUCUUCAGUUCCUUGGGAACUUAUUCAAUAUCUCAGGAAAGUCAUCUCUUGGGGAAGGUCGACAGUCUUCUUUCAAAGAUGACCAGGAUAAACCUGAGAAAGACCCACAGGCUCCCAGCAGCCCUCCUGAGGAGGAGAACCAAAGGGAAAAGGAGAUUGCCAUCAGCCCGGUGAGGACUCAGGCACUUCCUAUGGACAAACAAGAGUCCAACUCCUCAGAACUCUCCGAUGCCUUUUCUUUGGACACAACAGCAGACAGCGAACAGGAAGCCACUGAUACGGUGAAGAAAGACACUGAUGUUAAGCCAGAGAAGCCGUCAGUAACAUAUGCAACAUAUCGGGGCUCCACACAAAUCAGGAAAUAUUUGAGGCAACAGACAGUGCUGGAACCUGUGCAUCACUUAGGCAGAGAAGAUGGAAGCCCUGACUCAAGAACGCAUGCACAUGUUGACUCUGGAAGUACAGCGGACGCUGUGGUAGUCCCUCUGUCGUCAGCCAGCAAAGAUGUAGCCACAAAAGGGUAUCUUCUUGGAGGUCCAUCAGAAGCUUCUGGCUGUAGCCAAAUAAAUAUCAACACCAAAAGCCAUUUGGAAAACCACCCAGAAUUGCAAAAUAUUGCCUCAUCUAAGUAUAUUUUAAAUAAAAAUAACCAUGGAGGCUCUGGGAGCAGUUGGGACUUCCCUUCUUCUGCGCCUAACCCCAGCUCUGUUGUUGGGGACUCUGACUCACAGACUGAGAGCAGUUUGGUAUGUUCGUCCUUGUUUAUAGGAAGUAAAAGUAGCCAAGUCCCUUGUCCAGAAUUUCAGAGGAAAACUGCGACCGAAAAUACACCGAAAGGAAGCAACCCCAUGAUGAAUGAUGGGACAUCGGGGCCAAGAGAGGAACGUGUUGAGCCUCAGAAGCCUGCUGCUUCUGAUUCCUCUUGUAGUAAAUCUGAUGGGAGUGACACUACCAAUGUGGAAAGUACAAAUUUGUCAAGUCCAAAUAAAUCAAUUAGGCAUAAAGAUGUACGGUUGCCAGAGAGUAAGUGUUGUGACAAGCCAGCUGCAGAUGGCCCAUCAAGGCAAGAUGUCAAUCACACCAGCAUUACUGCUCUCCAGGGACAUGCUGUGACAGACUCAGAACUUGUAAAUGAAGGAAAGAGGUUACCUGUUUCAGAAGUCAUACAAGGAACAGAAGGUGCCUCAGGGGUUGAGUCCACUACUUUAAGUCGUGUAAGAGCCCCAGAAGACAGAAUUGGGUCCUUUCCCAAAGAUACUGAGCCACCAUGUGAAACAGAAACCAAAACCCUUGGUUUGGAGCCACUUGUAAAUAUUCCUCCCGAGAUGGGAAAGCAUUGUGAGGUCCCUGGUUCUGUGAGAUGUGUCAAUGACUCAGCAGCUGUAGCAUGCAUAGGAAGGGAAAUAGCACCCGAACUGGAUUUUGAACUUAACAGAAAGCCUGUUUCCGAAUCUCCUUUUCUCCCAGAGAAUCCUCAACAAGCCAAAGUUUUCCCUGAUGCUGAGAUACCUCUUAAUCUUGACUGUAGAACUUCUGAUCGCAGCGCCUCACCUCCAGCCUUUGUUUCUGGAGUGGACAGGGUUGACAAGUUGGGCUUCCCUGGUUUAAAGAGUGAGCAACCUUUGUCCAGUAAAACUGGACAGGACAUUUCCUCCCCUCCUAAUGACUGUCAAGAAGAAGGUGCGGGAACUCAGUCUGAGGCUGCAGACAGUGAGAACCCUCCUGCCCUUCCUCUUGGACAGGCAUCUGUUAUCCUUGGACCCAAGGCAGUACUCCCCGAUAGAGAAACACGCCAGUUUCCUUUGGGUCCGGAAACCAUUGACACUCACGUAGCUGGGGUAGAUCUGUUGAGUGUUGAGCAUGGAUGUAUCUCUGAGGAUCACAGCUGUGUUUCAGCUCAUGGUCCUAAGAAAGCAGAGUUAAUGUCCUCACACAAUGAAGCAAGCAAGAGCACCCUCGAGAACUUGGAUUGCCUUUCGCUGGAAACACAAACUGCUGAACUGCUAGGAGAAGUAGAGGUCAGUGGUCAGAGCAGGCUCCCUGUCAAGUCACGUCCUGGAAGAGGAAAAGCCUCUUCCAAGCUGUCUGUUUCUCAUUCAGAACCCAGAGACACUUCUCAGGGUGACAUUUCUUUUUCUCAAGUAACAGUUGCAGACAAGCCAGAGGAGACAGUUUUGCCAGAGUUAAAUUCUCUGGCUGUUGAAAACGACAAAGGUGUUCAAUCAGUGGACCACAAGAUUAAAGUGAUGUGUUUAGGCAUUAAAGAGAGUCACCAGGCUGGGCUCUGUCCUGCCUCUACAUAUCACAGUGUAAAAGAAACAAAGAUAGACACCCCAGGUAACCCAGCUUCUAUUCUCAAAAGUAAUCUGCCUGGGAUAAUACCUCCCGGUCCAGAAGAGAAAUCCACGAGGUACGUGGCACAGAAUUGUAAAGCUAGCACUUGCAUAAUCAGUCCAUCUCUAUCUGUUUGCGCGACUGAAAAGAGUUCCAGCACCUCUGAAAUGGGAGAACUGAAUUUAGGUAAUAUUUCUCCAAAAUUCCAAGAAACUGACAAUACACAAGCAUAUUCAUCUUUUCUGGGUUCUGAUGCUCGUUUGGAGAAAAAUGUGUUUGUGCCUGAGGAGUCCAGCUCACUGCCGGUGCCUUAUCUGCUGGGACUGGAAGGGGAAGCCUGUAGAGAGGACGCUUCUUUCCCCAGUGCCGGUGCUGCAUCUUCCUCCUCCUGUCACUCUAAGGGAGACAGCCCAGCUGCAGAUUCACAUGACCUCCCAAGUUAUUUUGAGUUUUUAAAAGUUGCUGUAAACCUCACAUGUGACGGUGCUUCUGGUACUGACCCACUGGGCCAUGGUAGCUCUUAUUUGGAGGUAGAGACACCUAGGCCAAAAGGGGCAGAAGUGACCCCACAUCAGGGAUGUUUGAGGACUUAUACUAGGAAGGUGUCUCUUGACUCCCCAGCCACUGCCGACUUUGGCAAUCCCAUGAAGGCAGAGGCAGGAGCAGUUGCUGAGGCACCAGUGUCAGUUAACCGCUCACACCAGCCGUGUUCUGAGGCAUCUGCUGACCAGACAGAAGCAAGGAAAAGAGCGCAUGACCCACUUUCACUCAGAAGUGGUUUACUCGCAAAAGCUGAUAUACUGAUUGAAGAGAUUUUAAGUUCUGUCAGGGAAGAACUGAAAUCUAAACUCACAGUUGGUACCUGCCAGGAGCAUCUAGCCAAAGACGAUGCAAUGAACCCAGGUACUGUGAAAGAAGCUAUCCCAUCGGAAGUGGCAUUAACAGGAAGCCAGCCGAAAGAGAGAUUGGACCAGAAAGGUGUGGACAACAUGUCAGAAGUCACAGAGGAAGAAGAGGCCAGUGUUUCGUCUGCUGUUGGUGAGACGAGUCUCCUUUUUGAUUCUCAUAGAGUGGACAUAUCGUGUAUGUUAGAAGAACAGACCAGGGAAUUAGUCAGUGAGGUUAUCCAUGCAGUCCAAGAGAAUUUGAUCAAUGACGAUUUUGAUGAGACUGAAAAUACCUGGACUUCUGGAUCUCAGGCUAACACUUCAAAGAAUUGCAACAGUGGUGGUGUUGAACCCCAUGCCGUAGUUAGGGAGUUCUUGGUAUCAGAGCAGGCAGUAAAUCAAAGCACGGGUGAAAUUAGUGAAAAUAAAGUAUUAAGUAAAUUCUCCUCCAUAAGUAACUUAGUUCGUGGCACCGAGUCAAGUAAAGGAGGAGAAAUUGUCCCCUAUCAACAGUUCCCAGGGUUUGGAAGUGGAGCUGGACAGUCUGAUACUAUAAAUUUGCAGAACUCGGAGACUGUUUUACAAGCCGAAGGCAUGUCCUCCUGUACGAGGCUGGAUGAUCGAGGGCGGCCACACUCACUCGUCAGUGACGACUGUAAAACGGCAGCAGACUGUGUGGGUAGUCACAAAACAGCAGCAGAAGAUACCAAAACUCUGGUGUUGAAUUUCAAUUUGCCUUCUUUUGCAAAUGAUGACAUCCAUAUGCCUGGCACCUCCAAAAGCAGUUUGUCUGACAGCCUUGUAUGCAAAUCUGAAAAAAGUUUGCCAGGACACAGUAAAAGCACAGCCCUUGCAAUAUCAGAUUUGGGGAAAGCACACAAAAAAGAUAAUGAAGUAAAUGCAGGGAAAAUCACACAGAUGCCUUUCACAUUAGAAAUGGGGAAAACAAGUAAAAGGGAUGUUGAACUGAAUAUUAUGAAACAUGAAGUAGCCCCUCUUACGUCACAAAAGGAAAAAGCAUGUAAACAGGGUGCUGAACUGAACAUUCCAAAUGCUGAGCCAGAGGUUGACACUUUUACAAGGGGAGGUGUAUACAAAAUGGAUGCUCAGAUAUAUAUGGAGAAAACUGAGGAAUUACCUGUCACUUUGGGAAUGGAAAAAGCUUAUAAGAUGGAUAGCGAAGGGGAUACUGGCAAACCCGAGGUGAUGCCUAUUAUGUCAGAAAUAAAAACUAUCCAUCAAAAAGAUGCUGAGGGAGAUAUCGUAAAGAAUGAGGUGGCACCUGUUUCAAUUGAAAUGGGAAAUAUUUACCAAAAACAUGCUGAAGGGGAUGUUGGGAAGGCGGGGGUUGCAUCUGUUAUGUCAGAAGUGGAAAUUAUCUACCAAAACGAUUGCGAGGGGAUUACUUCAAAGGAUGAAGUGACUCUUGUUACAUUAGGAAUGGAAGACAGUUACCAAAAGGAUGAAGAACGUGAUGCUGCAGAAACUGAAGGGAUAGGUGUGGUACCUGUUGAAUUACAAAUGGAAGAUACUUACCCAAAAGAGACUGAAGGAGAUAAUGACACAAUGGAAGAGACGCCUAACCCUAUUAGGUUAGAAGUGGUAAAUAUUUACCAGAAGGACACUGACUGGGUUACUGGAAAGAUGAGAAAACCUGUAUCUCCCCAAACAGAUAUUGAAGAUGUCCUUAAAAAUGCUGAAAGGCUCCCAUUUUUAUUAGACAUGAAAGCAACACACCUGAAGACAGUACGUUCUUCCUUGGACAUUUUGGGAAAAAGAGUCCAAAGAGACACUGAGGAGUCAAAUGGAACAACUGAGCCCAUGCCUUCUGAACUAGAAAUGGAAGUAACAGCUGCAGAAGAUUCUAGUAGCAGCAUUGAGAACCCCAAAGUGUCACCUACAGAGAUAGCUGCCGAGAAAACCAAUGGAAUGACACCAGAGGUGACCAUUACAAAUGUGGAGGCUAUGCGUCCCGUCUUUGAAAGUGAAAAGGGUCCUCAAGAGUGCAUGGAGAAGAGUGAUGGAGAAGCAGAAGAGCAGCCCGGUGACGUAAAGGAAAGAUUGAUAACGCAUGAUGACCGACUUGCUUCCCACUUCAGGGGAUACGAGUCACCUACGUUAAGUAAGGAUUAUGAGGGCUACCCAGCUUUAGCGGUGCCAGGUUUUCAAGAGGAGGACACAGUAGUGAGGCUCAACAAAAUAAUGUCUGUCACUGCAUUAUAUGACAAGAGGAGAGAUCUGGGUUAUAGAGAUGAAAAGGAAGAGUCAAAUUUAGCCUUUGUUUCUCAGGAGGAACAAGAGAAUUCUUCCUUUACUAUAUUGUACGAGGAGCCCCUUCAAGAAGAUGACAAGUACGCUCCCACAGAAUUACAGAGUACACGUUCUGUCUUGUUUCCUGACACCUCCUCUAACAGCAUGCCUGGCCUGGCAUGUGAAAGGUCUGAGAGCAGAACUGACCUGGUCCAUCAUUUUGAAAAAGAAGGUAAACUGGGUGAGGCAUUUGAUGGAGACAAUUCAGAGAUGUUCUUAUCAGUGGAAGCCAAAAGGUACAAAAUUUAUCCCUUAUCCCUGAGUCCCAUUUAUGAGGACGAUAGCUCACAGGAGGACGUUCUGUCCAGCGAGGUUUCGCCUGGUCACCAUGGCUCCACAAAAUCUAGGGAGAGUGCAAACCAGCCCUCUUCUGUCUUAUCCCUCCUACAAUCAGUGUCCGAGCGCUUACAGAGAAACUUUGAUGAAGACGACAGACAGGUGCCUGAGGAAGAGGAGGAGGAAGCAAUGGCAGCUUCAGGUAAAGGCUGGAGAGCUGAAAGGAGGGAGCAUGUUACCUUCCACUUGCCAGACCCUUCCAACGCCUUCUACCCUGACGAUGACCAGGAGAGUGCUGGAAUUUCCAAAUCCUACAUGGAGUCCAGUGAACCAACUACCUCCUAUCUGCAGCUGGGCCUGUGGCCAGAAAAGGCGUCGUUUCUACAAAAGUCGGAUCUGACUUCUAAGUUGCAUUCUUCUUUGAAGAGUGCCUAUCAUCAGUACUUGCAGACAUCCAGAACUCACUCUUCAGAAACGGGAACCAGAUUUGGUGGCGUCUUUCAGGAACCAGUGUCCAAAUAUUUCCGAGUCCAAGACCACCCAGGCAGAUUGAGUCCAUAUGUAGAGAAUGUUGACAAACAAACUCUGAAGUGUAAUCCAAGGCCCGGGAAGAUGAUUAUCUAUGAUCUCCAUGGGAGUAAAUAUAAACAAGAGGUCUACUGUAAUAUUCCUGAUGCUACAACAUGGUCUUUCCCGAAUGGGGCACUGAUAAAAGUUGUAAGGGGCUGCUGGAUUUUAUAUGAGAAGCCCCAUUUCCAAGGUCAGAAGUGUGUGCUGGAAGAAGGAGAGAAAGUGUUAAACCGGGACUGGCUUCUCCAGAGCAGGAAGCACCCAGAGAGGAACUUCGUACUGGGAUCUGUCAAGCGUGUCUUGAAGGACUGCAGCAUUCCGGAGAUAGAGCUGUGCCCACAGUCUGACCCUGGCUGCUGCCCGAUCUACAUACACCGGUCCAUCCCCAACCUGGAGGAGCUGAACAUCCCCAAAUCUGCGUCCUUCACGGUGAAGUCAGGAGUUUGGCUGGCCUACCCAGAUAUUAAUUUUAAGGGGCAAGCUACAAUUUUGGAGGAAGACCAGGGGCUCUUUGAGAUUUCUGCAGCAGAAACAAAAUCCCUGCACCCUCUUCAAAUGGGUGGACUGAAAGUGGAAAUGCCUAUGAACUUAAAGGUUAUCAUUUAUGAAAAACCUCACUUCCGUGGACAUACCAAAGAGUUUAGUGAACAUAUAGAUUCUGUCCCUAAAUUUUUAAAAAGUGAUAAGGACUUCUAUGGCAUUGGAUCAAUUCGUGUCAUUGGUGGAGUGUGGGUUGCCUACGACAAGGAACAUUUCAAAGGCCAGCAAUUCCUACUUGAAGAAGGAGACUUUGAAGAUAGCAGUACUUGUGGGGCAUUGAGUGGCCCCAUCAUGUCUUUCCGGUACCUACAAGCUAAUUUUAUAGAAUCUUCUGUCACACUGUUUGAAUCUGACUUAGAAAGUGGGAAAUUUAUUGACAUUACAAAUCAAGAAAUUUCUGACUUAGAAGAAAUCGGCUUUGGCAGUGAAACAAGAUCCAUUCAUGUGAAGAGUGGCGUGUGGGUUGCCUACAGCCAGAAGUUCUUCUGUGGAGAUCAGUACAUUUUAGAGAAAGGAAAAUACAAAUGCUUUUUCGACUGGGGAGGAUCAAGUAACGCGAUCUUGUCAAUCCGACCAAUCCAACUGGAACCACUCGGGAUAAAUGAGCCUUCACAUUUGCUUAAGGCGUUCAGUAAAGCAGGCUUCCAAGGCGAGUGUAUAGAUUUCAUAAAAGAAUGUGCUGACCUGACCUCGUUCACGCCAUCAUCUUUUAAGGUUCUCCGUGGCUGCUGGCUCCUGUAUUACCAAGAAGACGUUUUCUACCAUCAGUGUAUACUGGAAGAAGGCCUCUACGUUGACCUUACUUCCUGCGGCUGCCCAUCAGCUAGGGUCAGAGCACUCAAGCCCAUUGACUACGUUUUUGAAGAGCCUUCCAUCAGCCUUUUUGCCCUGGAACAUUGUGAGGGAAGAGAGUUACAUCUUGAAGAUGCUGUGAAUUCUGUUUUGAACAAGGACCUACACUUCUAUACCCAGUCUGUGUGGAUAAAGAGUGGACUGUGGGUAGCUUAUGAAGGAUCCAAUUUCUUGGGAAGGCAAAUCCUUCUUGUGCCUAAUGAAAUCCCAAACUGGACAGCAUUUAGUGGGUGGAAAACAAUUGGUUCUAUCCGCCCUGUGAAGCAGCCUGCAGUGUACAUCAGAAUAAGAAACCGAGCCCAGGAUGAGUAUUUGACAGUCACCGGGAACCUAGCUGAUGCACGGACAAUGUCUGUAUGCAUCUCUCCCUACAGCGGGAAGGACACUCAGAUCUGGCACUACUGCCGAGGACUAUUUAAAUCCAAGGCCAGUGAUACAUGUCUUGAUGUGAUUGGUGGCCGGGACACACCUGGAGCCAGGGUAGCCUUGUGGACUGAACAUGGGCAGUUCAGGCAGAAGUGGAGAGUGAACAGAAAUGGAACCAUCAGCUCUUACCUCAGUGAUGAACUUGUCCUGGAUGUUAAAGGAGGAAACUAUUAUGAUAAGACUCAUGUCAUUGUAAAUCAGCCCCUGGAGGGAGAAGAAACACAGAAAUGGGACAUUGAAAUUUUGUGAGAGAAUCACAAAGGCACCGCCACCUACUCAUGCCAUGUGAGUGUGGGAAGGAAGCUUCUAUGUCCACACUACUGUACCACUCACAUUAACAGGAAGAUCUUCUACCCAGCAGUGAAACUACUGCUCCAUGGAAAAGCUAAAACACCACCAACUAUGCAGUGUCCUUGUGAAGAAAAUGUAAUGGUUUCUCAUCCUUGUGGAUCCAGUUGUAGUGACCAAUUUCGUGAAAUCUGU